UUAAAAGGCGAGUCGCAGUUCCAUCGAUUUAGUUGAUCCUUAUCAAUUGCGCUGAAAAUGGUUUUGGAAAAAAACGGAGGUGUUGCACUCGCCCAUCCCUUGCAAGGCGAGGAGAUCGUCAUUACCGGGAUGUCUGGGCGUUUUCCCGAGUCGGACGACAUCUACCAGUACAGGAGAAACAUCUACAACAAAUUUGACAUGAUCACCAGCGAUAAUCGGCGCUGGUUACCGACCAACCCCGAGAUACCCCAUCGUAUUGGUAAAAUUAAUCAUCUCGAAAAACUGGACGCUGGCCAAUUCGAUUUGCAUUACUUCGAGGCCAACCAGAUGGAUCCCAUGAUCAAGAUUUCUUUGGAGAAGGCGUACGAGGCGAUCGUUGAUGCCGGUUACAACGUGAACGAGAUGAACGGUGCGAACUGUGGUGUCUUCAUAGGGUGCUGCUUUUCGGAAAGCGAGGAGGUCGUGCUUAUGGCGACGAAUGCCAGUCCGAACUUUGGCGUGACAGGGUAUGUGAUCAUUUCCAUCAUUCUUCAACUUGCUGUCCAUCUCUCAGAAUUUGUUCAUCAAACUUCGUCAAUGUGUGAAAGCCAGUCCCCACCACUCUUACUCUUCCCCCGCAUCUCUUCACCGGAACGACCUGUGCUGGUGGUAUACGUGUGUUGAAAGAUUAAUGUUAGA